AUUUUGGUUGAAGGAACAAUGACUGUGGACACGAGGCAUCAGUGUUGGUAGUUGGAUCUAUGAAAGAGCUUUCAGCACAGUGAAACAACAACUCUGGUUCAGGGUUCAACGGUAAUUCAGAUAGUGUUGGUGCAGAAGAGGUGCUUAAAAGAAGUGAAGUGUUUCGUUAGCUGUAACCGAUUACUAAUGUUAGCUAACAUCCGUCUGUAGCCUGAUUCAGCAGCUGUCAGUGUGUUCAGGUCACAGUUUGUCAGUAUUUCUGUUGGGAACAUGUGAUCGAUGGCGGAGGGGAGGAGGAGGAUCAGACUUUGUACCUUCGGGUCCACAAAGAAGCAGCACAGCAGCCAACUGUCAGCUGAAAUGUGGCUGAGAGUCUUCGUCACCUUCGUCUUCAGCUUCUCCAGCUGCCGGACGGCGUCAGUCUUUCUGGAUCCAGAUAAAGCCCAUGGCGUACUGGUCCGGACUCGGCGGUAUAACUCAGGCUGGUUCGAGGAGCUCCAGAUGGGAGAUCUGAAGCGAGAGUGUCUGGAGGAGAAAUGCUCGUAUGAAGAAGCUCGCGAGGUGUUCGAACACACGGAGACGACGAAUGAAUUCUGGAAAACUUACAACCUCCCGGACAGCUGUAAGUCGAACCCCUGCCUGAACGGCGGCAGCUGCUCCACCCAGGCUUCAUCCUACGCCUGCCUCUGCCUGCCUCAGUUCACCGGACUCAACUGUGAGCUCGAGACGCUCACCGUCCCCGACACCUGUCUGCUGGAGAACGGAGGAUGUGAUCACUACUGUGACGAAGACGAAGGACGGCAAGGACUCAACUGCUCAUGUGCAGACGGAUACUUCCUGGAUGUCGAUGGGCGGAGCUGCGUAGCAAAAGAGUCGUUAGCAUGUGGAAUGGUUCCCAUCCUGCAGGGAGAAAACAAGAACAAUCAGCUGGACCCUCGAGCUCGAAUCGUCGGGGGAACAGAAUGCCCCAAAGGUGAAUGCCCCUGGCAGGUUUUGCUGGUGUACAAAGGCAAAGGUUUCUGUGGAGGAGUGAUUUAUAAACCCACGUGGAUCCUCACAGCGUCGCACUGUCUGGAGGACUAUGAAGCUCAGCACCUGACGGUGGUCGCAGGUGAGCACAACACGAUGGUGACGGAGGGCACGGAGCAGUUCAUCCAGGUCGCUGAGAUCAUCAUGCACCAGAACUACGUGAAACUCACUGCCGACAACGACAUCGCUCUUCUCCGCCUGGCGUCGCCCAUCGUCUACACGCCGUACGCCGUCCCGGCCUGCCUGCCGACGCGCCCGCUGGCGGACCGCGACCUCUGGGCCAUCAGCCUGCACACGGUGAGCGGCUGGGGGAGGAGGGGGGAGAACGGACCCACCUCACACAUCCUGCGGCGGCUGCAGGUCCCUCGGAUCCGGACGCAGCAGUGUGUGCAGGACAGCGGCGUGGUGCUCACCGAGAACAUGUUCUGCGCCGGAUACAUCGAGGGUCGGCAGGACUCGUGUAAAGGCGACAGCGGCGGACCUCUCGUGACCAAGUACAAGCAGACGGUGUUCCUGCUGGGCAUCGUGAGCUGGGGGAAGGGCUGCGCCCGACCCGGCAACUACGGCAUCUACACCCGAGUGUCCAACUACCUGGAGUGGAUCCACAACCGAACAGCGGCGCCGAGUCAGCCGACAAACAACACGGAAGCUUCGUUACACAACCUGACAACCUGAACCUGACAACAGAUUCUGUCGGGUUCAGGUUCAGAACGGCGGCCAUUUUGUGGACUCAUUACAGGAAACACUUUUAUUCAAGUAGUUUUACUUUUUGUGAAAUGAUUCAUUGGUAAAAAGUAAACUCCAACGAGCUGUGAGACAUCAGAGGACGUUGGACUGUGAACUGUUACGUCAUCAUAAAGCUGAGUGUAAUAGAUUACUUUGCUUGAUUACUGUUGUCAGUGUCAUGUUUGAUCCAAAGCUUUAAAAUGUGUCAAUGAAACAGCAACAGAUGUUUUCUGUCCAGCUUUGUGUUUCAACCGUCCAUCAGUUCAUGUUCUGCAGAUUAUGUGACGCCGACAUGUUGUUUCCAUAGUUAAUAUACUGAUAUAACAUAACAAUAAGUUUCCACUUUUUCUGGCAUUUCAUGGAAGAUGAAUCAAAUAAUGAAUCUGUGAAGAUCGUGUGGUUAAUAAACGUGUUGUGUAAAAGUA